AGUGGCCUUUUUUGUCAUUCACAUACUCUUGAACAAAAAACGCUCCGUAGUUUUUUUGAGUGGCUGGUGACGCACCAGCGCCAGCGCUGAGCGGACAGGAAAAAAAAUCAGGCAAGAUGGCGACUUCGGAGCCGGUAAGCGAGAUUGAGAAAGCACCUGAAACAGAGGAGUCCCAACCAGAAGUGAUUCCCACUGCACCACCUGUUGUUGCUGGUUCUGAGCAGUAUAUCAAACAUCCCCUGCAAAACAAAUGGGCCCUGUGGUAUUUCAAAAACGACAAGAGCAAGAGCUGGACGGAGAACCUACGUCUCAUCUCAAAGUUUGACACAGUGGAAGACUUCUGGGCGUUAUAUAACCACAUACAGCAGCCUAGCAAGUUAGGCUUCGGCUGUGACUACUGCUUAUUUAAGGAUGGAGUGAAGCCGAUGUGGGAGGACGACAAGAACAAGCUGGGCGGGAGGUGGUUGAUGACUCUCAGCAAACAGCAGAGACAAGUUGAUCUCGACCGCUACUGGAUGGAGACUCUGUUAUGUUUAAUCGGUGAGUCAUUCGACGAGGCCAGUGACGACGUGUGUGGAGCGGUGGUCAACGUCAGACCCAAGGGAGAUAAAAUAUCCAUCUGGACCGGGAACUGUCAGAACAAGGAAGCCAUUGUGACGAUAGGGCAACAGUAUAAAGAGCGCCUGAGUCUCCCUAUCAAGCUCCUGAUUGGCUACCAGUCACACGAUGACACAUCUAGCAAGAGUGGUUCUACAACCAAGAACAUGUACUCAGUUUGAUCAACCCCCCCUCCCCCCCAGCUCAACUACCAACACACUGCAUCACCCAACACAUUAAUACUUUUUCACUUGUCAACUACUGUUACUGUCCUUCGCUGUUACAGACGAGAAACGUGUACAGUGUUAGAGCUGCCUCCCUAACACCUGAUUGACUGAUGGGCCAACAGCUGGUCCUCCUUAGAAUGAAAAUGGGGGAGGAAGGAGGGCAGCAUCAGCUGACGAUGUUGGGAUUUGAGUUAGAAGAUGGUUAUAUAAAAUUAGGUAAUUUUAGAGUUGGAGAGUACAUGUGACUAAUACCAGUGGCUUUCCCCUACUAGUUUAGCUGGGGAGACAUUCUGUCCUUUAGGCUUGGUUAAAAGACAGACACCUUUCUUAGCUGUAAAACUCUUUUCUUACGCAGAGUUUACUAUCACUCCCCGUUAAGAAAAGUGUUUCUCACCAACUACCCGUGAUAGGAAAAGGUAGAUGAGAUUCAUUCAUUGAGCAGAUUUUAAAGGCCGCCAGCGUUUUAACCUGCUUCAGUAGGAGGUGUUUGGCAUGAGAAGGGAUUGCAGAUGCGCCUGCUGCAGAAAAGACUACAGUAUCUUUAAAUAAAUAAAAAUACAUUUGUUAAAGAAUAGUCCUUACACACACUAGUGUGCAUAUUUUGUUGGGAAAAAGGCCACCUAUAGUUCCAGCCAUGUUGGGAUUGUGGAUUCUUUGCUUGUGUAACUAUUUUGAACUCCCUUUUUCCCCUUCCAUUUAUUUAUGAUAUAUGCAUUGCCGUUGAACUACUUAGUUGAAGGUCAACUAUGGAAAAAAAACUUAAGGUCUUUACAAUUGUUUUCCCUCUUUUUUUUCCUCAAAUGUUUAUUUUUAUUUUAUUUUUGUUAUUAAGGAGGCGAACGAUGUAGAGUGAAUAUCUAGUUUUUCUACAGUAUCAUACAGUACCAAGUAAAGAUGCCUGGAUGAGUUUUAGGUCUGCUUCUCAUCGUUUUCUUCCUAACAAAAACUGUAGAACAUUUUGCCCAACUCUUGGGCCAGUGCGACUGGAUCUAUCCAUCGUGAAAUGAUUUUGCUCAUAAUGUGUCUUUAUUAUCUGUAAUUCCAGGAUGUAUAUUAUCUUCUUUCAAGUAAAGGUUAAGUGCUUUGCAUUAAAACCAGAACCAAGUGGU